CUUACCUCAAGUGCUACGUCUAGUUUUGAGGUGUGCCAAAACAGUUCUACUGACCGUGGUACUAGGCGCUGGGUGGCAGCGACACGCGAUCGUUCUUCACGCUAUUUGGAAACAGAUGGAAUCAGGAGGCAUCCUCGGACCUCCUGCGUCUGCCGACUCCAUGCAGUUCAAUCUCGAAGCACUAAGCGGGACGACAUCCUCCCUGGGGGCUGCCUCGCCCGCUGCAGCCAGUGGAGUUGGCGCCCUGGCCGCCCUAGGCGCUGUAGCAGGUGGCGUUACUGGGGUGGGUUCCACGAUACCGAACAGUUCGGGCGCCAGCACGGGCGGAUCGACCGGAGGUGCUCCGCUAGCGGCCGUUAGUGUUGGUGGACUAGGGGUGCUCCCGUUACCACCUUCGCCAACCGCUUCACUGGACGGCGAUAAAACAAAACUUACAGUCGAUUAUGGUUAUCGCGUGUUUCGCGAGUACGCCCAAAGUAAGGGCAUCAACGAGGUUGACAACCUGCCUGUAGAAGAUAUAGCCGCGCUUCUUCAGACGUUUUACGAUGAGGCUCGUACGCGCGACGGGGUGCCAUUUAGUGCAAAUUCUCUGGUUGUCAUACGCUACGCCAUCAAUCGCUAUUAUCGCUCACCGCUCGUGAACCGCCAGAUCGAUAUUGUGAGGGAUCCCGCCUUCCACGAAGCCAAUCGGACCUUCAAGAAUAUUGUACGGAGAUUACAUCAAGAGGAGAAGCUAAGAGGUCCGGGCGCUGCACCACAACGUGUACGUUCGAACGUUUUGAGUGAGGACCAAGUAAAACUCCGCGAGUACUUCGUGGCGCAUUUAGCGACCCCGCGCGGUCUGCUGCACAAGGUAUGGUUCGACAUGAGCGGGCACAUGGACCCCCGGCUCGUCGAUAAGAUCCAGGAGCUAACCCGGGAGACCUUCAAGGUCGUACGACGCUGGAACCCAGAAAAUAAUUGUGCGCUUGCUUCCAUCUUUCAGCUAAUAGACAAUGGGGAACCGAGUACGGCGAUCUUGACGGAACGUCCCGGCGACCCACUUUGCCCUGUGCGAUCUUAUGAAGCCUACCUUGCCCGCCUCAAUCCCAACUGUCAAUCGCUAUUUCAACGUCCCAAGGACAUUGUGAGUGCGGGCGAGGCAAUCUGGUUCCAUAACUCACCGCUGGGCAAAACGUUGCUUUCGAAGAUGAUGUCUUCAAUCUCGAAGUGCGCACAGCUAUCGCGUGUCUACGGCAAGUCGCGCACCUGGGCCGCGGCUGGCUUCGGUCUCAACAAGCCCGAACAAGCCUCGACAGGUUCGCGGAGAUCGCAUAAGAGCAGCAGCAGCAGCAACAACAACAACAACAACAAUAACAACAACAACAACAACAACAACAACAACAACAACAACAGUAAUAAUAAAAAUAACAAUCAUCAUCUCCAUCACCUUCAUCACGGUGGAAACAACAACAACGAUACGUUCUCGGUUGACAUGCUUCUGCAGGCGGAGGCGUUCCAAGCGUCGUUCAAUCCUAAGGCUCACACGAACCUGCUCAGUGUCAGCGGUAUGGGGAUAUCGGGCUGUCAACAAGCGCCAAUCCUGGCCUCGUUGCUUCCUGUCUGGCAACAGCAACAGCAGCAGCAACAACGGCAGCAACACUCCGGUUCGACUUCGCCCGCCCCUUCCGCGCAGCACCGGAGCAACGGUGAUAUCGCUGAUAGCGGCAUGGUUAACGCAUUGAUAAGAGACGCAUUCUUGAACCACCCGCUCUAUCAAGGCAAACUCUUCCCUAGUUUGCUGCAAGGAACAGAGGACUCACGGCGGGGAUCAGACAACCUUCGGUCGCCCGAUGUAGCCGAGAUGUUGGGCUUCGAAGCGUUAAGCAUGCUGGGUUUGCCUCUUAGGCCGCCCGGACCCUUGCGCUCGUACCAGACAGGUGGUGGGCUAGGCGCCCAACAAACUCCUGUAGCCCUACUCAAGAAAGGAAGCCAUUCUUCCGAUGGGCAAGGUGGGCGCCGCCUGCGAAGCUCAUCUCCCCCAGCGGCUGAUUUGCAUACAGUAUUCGAGUGUAGUCCUUCCUUCCGAGAACGGUCUCAUCCCGCGCGUGAUUCGAGAGACUCGAGGUCAGGUUCCCGUUCUCCAAGUCCUUCUCCCGGCCGAUCCCAUUCCACUAGCCCCGAUAACAGUAACGUUCUUGUCAUCAACCACACGCCUCAUCAGACUCGAUCGCCACAAGUGCCACCGACCAGCAGUAACCCAGGUUCCGUCCCGAGUUCACCUCAGCAGCCGUCCCGUUCUCCAUCACCGUCGCUGUCAGUGCCGCCGACAUGCUCGUCUCUAGGAGGGCCUCGGGUACGUGCGUGCAGUCAAUGCCUUGCCAAGUGUGGUACCUCGCUGUAUACACUUGGCGGACCCCAUUGCACGCAGGAACACACGUUCUGCUCAGCUAUGUGCCUAGGUCAAUGGGCUUCUGGUCAAGCACAGGCUAGCCUGUUAAAUAGUUCGGGUUCAUUGUCUGCCGAUCAGGACUCCAAUCAAAUCCGCGAAGGCCACGUCUCACGCUCUAACAGUGCGUCACCAAACAACGCCCGCGCAUGUGACUUCUGUAAAAUUAAUUCGGUUCCAAAGAACUCCCCUCACCAUAUGGUCGCUGCUGACAACUCUCUCAAAAGCUUUUGCAGUAUCGAGUGCUUACAGCUCUUUGAUUUAGCGCCCAAUGCUUCCAAUCGGCGCAGAGCUUCGAAUGAGGCUGCAAACGGUGACGCUUCGUCUCCUGGCUCUCAGGCAACAUCAGUGACGCGAAACGUAUUAAGGCAUUCAGCAUCAUCUCCUGGCCCUGACGAAGAGGAGCGGCCCUUGAAAGUGGCACGUAAGAAUCCUGCCCCACAACGCAUCGUAAGAGGUGAAGAGUUGGUUCUCGAGGUGGCGCCAUUCGAUCUCGGCGGCUCCGAUGGCGAAACUGACGCUUCCAUGUCUCCGCUUGAUUUCAGCACCAAGUCAUGAAUCGUGCUGGACCCGACUCGAAUUUCCGCACACCUCUUUCUCAAAAGAUCUUGUAGCCAGAGUGGCUAACAUAGAAGGGUAAUCCGGGAAGACAUUCGCCUGGAAAAUUAAUUGUCGAUCUUUUUUAAUCUAUUACAACUUUAUAGAAUCUAUUCCAAGAAGAAACGCAAUUGUCCGGAGUCGCUCGUGUGGCAGAAGUUAGUGUUCUUUGGCAGGGCAGGCCAAGGAAGCGGAACGAUCUUUUUACAACUACAUCCAGAAUGAGCUGAGUAUUAUUACAUUCUGUAAAUGAUAAUAAUUCAGGCCUGACGGGAGCAAAGCUGACUCGGGCUUUUGGUUAGCCCAUAUGGCUUACGGCCAGCUAAGUCAAUGCCUAUUGAAUAAGCGAUAGAUUACCAUGGACAGCUCAGGUGCCUUUUUCACUUCAUAAAUGAAUUCAACGGCCGAAAAUUCGUUCUGUGUCGUUGCUGUGUCUUUUCGUGAUAUGUGCACCUUCGUUGCAUGGAUCUUCCUAAGAUAUUUUCUUCAAACAGCAUACAGCUGGCAAGGUUAUUGGUAGUUCUUUUUCAAUAUCUUCUUGAUUAGAUUGCUGCUAAAUAUAUCGUGCUAAUACCACUUCACGUUUGAAAGCAUAACUCAUAAUCGGAAUCUAAGCUGUUCAUGUAUAUCUUAUUGUUUGGCGGAAGUUGAGUUACUCCUCUUAUUGGCGUAACUACGAAGAUUGAUAAUUGGCCCUUCAUAUGUAAGUGUUCGAGAAGUAAGUUUGAAGACAAAUCGGCUUAUGUAUGGGUUGGUUGGCACUCGUGAGUAGUACUUCUGGUACGACUUGUCUGGACGAGCUGUUAGCAACUAAAAACCAGACUGCUGUUAGAUAAGACCGUCCCGGUGAUAGCGUAGUGAGUGACGUAUUCGCGUGCAAAACUAAUCCUAGGGACACGUUGCGGCACAGGUUCGAAGCUGCCCGUGGACAAACAUAUUCGUUUCGAGCUGCGAACCAGCCAUCCGAUGUAGCUAUAUCGCUAUAACGGCGAUACCAAUAGUAGAACAACUUGGCUAAAACUAUAUGUUGUUAAAAUAACUAUAGUUCACCCAACGCCACAGCCCCCCGCGAGACUAUUCUUAUUUUUACAGUAAUGAUUAUUACCAUCUGCAUUAGAAGGUUCUCCCAAUAUAACAGUAUCUAAAUGUUUGUUCGUUCUAUACUUUCUACUUUUCUGUGGAGAAAAACUUCGUCCGUGGAUAUAUCCUAUAGCGAAGACAUUCGCCUACUAAUUAUCGCAAUAAUUAAGGUGUGGCCACUUGCUUCGGUGAAUCUGAGCGGCGUGUAGUAUUAAAUCUUGACAAUAUUGAGUUAUUAGAACUUGAUGGGAAGAUUCUGACGAAGUUAACCUUAGCUUGCUUGUGACCUAAUAGAGAACGAAGAAAACCCAUCCCGAGAGAAGAUCCAUCGACAACACGUAAGAAACGAAACUGAGUAUUCCUUGUGUAAAGAUCGUCGUCGAGAUUCGUUACGAGCGUAUUAUUCCACCGAACUGAUGAUGACGCAAUGCUCGUGAAGUUCCUGUUUAAACUCACAACUUGUAGAGAGCAGACAAUUAGAUAUUACACGUACGGCAACAGAGCGUCAGGCUAAGGCUGACGAAUGGAGCAAAUUAGGGAAAAGGAAAAAAAUUGAAUAGAAAUUUAACAACGCAUAUAUGCAUAGUUAGACAAUAUGAAUAGUGAUAUCUAUAGUAAUAAUAUAGGAAAUGCUGACGUUCUAGUCUUAGAUGAUGAAGUGCUAUCAAAAUUUGCUCUGGUAUACACAGGCGGACAUGUUUAAAUACACUAGCAGUGUUAUUAUAUUGUACGAUAAUAUAUAUAGAGAGAGAGAGAGAGAGAGAGAGACUGAAAAUACAUGACGUCCCCAAUGCUGUAUAGGACAACCUACUUCCUAGCACAGAUACCGUCGCCUCUUAUUCGCCACAAAAUACAACAAGGGUUCAUCUAGUCAAUGCAAUAUAUAUAUAUAUAUAUAGGUAGACAAAAAUGAACAUUUUUCCGUUAUUAUCAAAUGGUACACAAACAAACAAAUGACCGUACGCUAGUAUUAAGUACAGUAUAUACAUAUAAUGUAGCAACUCAGUGACCCGGCAAAUUCGAAAUCAACAGAUGAACCUGAUGACAAUGCUGCUAUAUAGACGAAUUAAGAAACUGAAAGGGAGACAGGAAGGUAUACAUAGCGGUGGAUGAGGGAAAGGCGAUAGGCUUUUCUUUCAUAUUUAUUUAUUUAUGAUAAUAUAGUCCAUUUCGUAACCCUGCUUAACGAAUGAGAUAGACCAAAGGUUGAUAUAGCAAGGAGAUGAGCACGCUCGUGACAGACCGCAGUGACUGACCGGAUGAGUACGGAUGUAUGAUGCUGACAGACGAUGGCCAUGUUUCGUCAAUUUUUGGUUCGGCUGGUAUCUGCUAUAGCUGCGCUAAAUAUUGAAACAAAACGAAAGGCUGUGCUCGAUAAAAGAAGGUAGUAAAGGACAGUGGUAUAGUAAAUUGAGGUGGUGAUUUAUCUCAUCACCGCUAGAACUGUCGACUGAGUAAAGGGGUUCCGUUCCAAGAAUGACAGAUAAAAAAAUUAAUAAAGAAAGCAAUCUGCCUAGAUUCAUAUGCAACAGUCUCGCAAAAGAAACCAAAAUAAAAUAUAUGACCUCUACGAACUGGUCUCGUGAAUUACGCUCUCAGACGGACUACCUAAGGACCCAAUCAAAUCGGUUGGACCUAUUUUGGCAAAUUAAGAUAUUUCGUAUGCCAUUUAUUAUUACUAGUCUGUGUACAUAUGACAGAAUCAUUAAACAUCAAUUCAUAGAAAUUAACGUAUGGUGUGCAACGAUAACCAAUUUGUGUCGCGGAAUCAAAAUGUGUGUGCAAUGGGACACAGAAGUAGCAAAAAUUUUUCUUAGAUGAGAAAUCUCAACGUUGACACCAACAAAUUAGGCAUCAACCCACUGAGCAAGCACCAUUGGCUCACUCAUCAUAUCGAUCGUUGUUUCUUCUUUGGCAAAAAUUACGAUUCUCGAUCCGCUGUGUACGUCAGAUAAAUUUAGCAAAAAUUAUACAUUACUGAAUAAUGGUACCUACGAGGGUUAAGUGUGUACAUAGCUAGUCUAGAUAAAAAUAAAGGUUUUACAUUUCCGUGUCACAUGUCUAAAGCGUGUAGCUGA